AUGGGAGAAGGUAGCACGUGUGUGUGCGCAUGUGCACAUGUGCACACGCGAAGGUGUCUCCAUGGGGGAGGCACCUGGAAAGACCAAGGUUCCAGGACCAGCUACUGGGUGGACUGUGUGUCCAAAGCCAGGUACCGCAGAGACCACAAUGCCAAGGCUCUGAGUGGACCAACAGGCCUUAACUGCCCUGACCAGCCUCACCUGGGAUCUCCACCCCAUACUCCUGCCCGUAAAAUGAAUAGCAAGUUUGAUUUUAAGAGCAUCAGUUCAAGUCAGGUGUCCGUUAUGGGUGACCUUCAGAGACUUCUUAGCCAAGGGGAAUAUCCUCCUUUUACUUCUGCUCCCAUCUUCGAGAGCAAGUUUAUCCAGAUUAAUCGAAGAGGGGAACCAAUUUCUGUCCAUAACCGACCCAGCUGCGUGACCAUCGGCAUCUGUGCUGCCAAUCCCAGUUCACCAAUGCCCAAUGCGAUGCUGGUAGCGCGUGAGGUGCCCGUGUCUCCACAGGAAAGUACAACAAACUUCUGGAAACUCUCAGAGAAGCCAUGCCAUAUGGAAGAGCUAGCACUUACCAGGUUCUUCCCCUUGAAAUUUGUGGAACUCUCUGUCCACAGCACAGAUAACCAUCACCUCAUGUUAAAAUUAGUAAAUGGCCGUUCCUACUAUCUAGAGCUCUGUGCACCGCCAGACCAGCAACAACACCUAUUCCACCUCUGGCAGCAACUCAUCUCUCUCCUGAAACCCCCAGAAAAUACCAGCAAUACUGAAGUUAGCAUAAAAUGCAGGGAUUUUGGCAUGUGUCACAAGGAAGCUCCCAGCGCAAACAACUCAUCAGAAAAAAGAGACAAUCCACAAGAUGUGCCUAACCCCAAAACGGAGGAAGAAGUGGUUACUAAGCAAACCUCCUCCAACCAAGUUCCCCUCUCAGGUACAGUGAGUCCUACAGAAGAGAGUGGAAGGAAAGGAGAAGCCUUCCACAGCUCCCUGAAACCAACCAGGCAAGAAACCACCAUGCAGUCAAACAAUAUAGAUCCUCUGGAUACAAAGAAGAGCAAAAGCACAGAAAAGAGGAAAACAGG